CCCAUUACUUGUACCCCUUUUCAUUCCCUCUUAUCAUCCACAACAAUCGAAACCCUAACCCUAAUAACCCCCCUCCAACAACCCACCAUGACCGGCAAAGCGAAGCCAAAGAAGCACACAGCCAAAGAAAUCCAAGCCAAAGUCGACGCAGCCACCACCAACAGAGGCGGCGGCAAGGCCGGAGUCGCCGAUCGUACCGGCCAGUUGAAAGGCGGUCACGCAAAGUUCGAAUGUCCUCACUGCAAGAUCACCGCACCGGACAUCAAAACGAUGCAGAUUCACCAUGAAUCGAAGCAUCCGAAGCUGCCGUAUGAUGAAUCGAAGAUUACGAAUCUUCACGCUGUUCUUGCACCUGUUGUUGAAUCGAAGCCUCGUCCUGGCGUUCGUGGCAGUUUGAAGAAGUGAAGUUUGUGUUUAUUGCUGUGGUGGAUCGAGAAGACUGUGUUCGAUCUAGGUUUAAUUUCUGAUCUUUUUGUUUGUGUAUUGGAUGAUUGUGUUUGUGUGAUGUUGAAAAUCUAUGUGAUGUAUUAUUAUUACUAUAUGUUACGGUUUUUCAUGUUAUAAAACUAUCAAUCUAUCCUUUAUAUGAUUGUGAUUGCUCUAUA